AUGUACGAGGCUCUGAGCGAGAAAGGUGUUGAUGCUGAGCUGAGAAUUAUUGACGGUGGAGCAAAACACCUCUUUGACAUUGGCAAGUGCUGGGAAAAGAGAUGCCCGCAAGGCCGUGAAGCGGUACAAGAGGGAUUUGAGUUUUUGGAGAAGCGUGUGUGCUGCUGA